GUUUAACUGCUGAAUAAUCGAUGGGAAUUUUCAAAUGAUAUGAAUGUUCUCUUGCCUAAAAAAAAAAAAGAUUAUUGAUUUGAUUUACAAGGUUAAGGUAAUCGACCCAAUGAUAUUGUUGACGGUUACUAAUGUAGAUUGCACGAAAUGGUGUCACAUGGAAAUCAAUUUAACCUAAAAACACUAAUAUUUAAAAAGAAAGAUUUUUCUAAUCCUGGGAAAAAAAAAGAAACAUGGAACCUCCCAUUAUUUUACAUCAUUUUGAAGGGUCACUAUUUUCUCAAAAGAUUGUAUGGACAUUAUCCAUUAAAAAAUUAAAAUGGACUUCCGUCAUCGUAUCUCCAAUAAAUAAACAGAGACCAUUAUUGCAGCUUUUGGUUCAUGGAUAUAGACGUGUUCCGAUUCUUCAAAUUGGAUCAGAUAUAUUUAUUGAUACCAAAUUGAUCAUGGAAGAAUUGGAAAGAAGAUAUCCGGAACCAUCGAUUUUUCCAAAAAGAAAUGGAUCUGAUAAAAGUGAUAAAGGACUUAGUUUAGCUAUGAGUACAUGGGUGGAUAAUUACAUUUUUAGCUCCACGUUUAUUUUAUUACCAAUCGGUUCAAAAGAACCUUCUAAACCAAAACUUUUCUCUACAAAAGAAUUUGUAGAAGAUCGUUCAUCAUUAAUUGGGGCACCAAUUAAUGUCGAAAAACGGGCAUCAGAAAGAUCGUAUCACCUUGAUAAAAUUAGAAUAAGUCUUGAUUGGAUUGAAUUACAAUUUUCAGAUGAUAGGGAUUGGUUUUUAGAUACACCAUACCCAGGUAUAGCAGAUAUUCAUGUAGCUAUGAAUCUUUGGUUUUAUGAUAUUCUUCAAAUAGCAAAAGAGGUAGCAAAUUCAAAAUUAUAUCCGAAAACUUAUUCUUGGUUAAGUAGAUUUUUAAAAUAUGUUAAAUCGAAUGGAAUUAAACCUGAAAAAAUUAGUGGGGAAGAAGCAUUAGAAGUUGCUAAAAAAUUUAAACCUUUUAAUGGAGGUAAAAUGAAAAUUGAACAAGAUCCAAAUGAUAUUAAUAAAAGAAAAUUAGGGGAUAAUGUUAUUAUUGUACCAGAUGAUUAUGGUAAAACUCCUGUUAUAGGUAAAAUUGUUAGUUUAAGCAAUAGUAGAAUUGGAAUUAGACCUCAUGGUGUGGAUAAAACAGGAAUUGAAGUAGUUACAUGGUUUCCUAGAGCCGGAUAUGUGAUCAAACCUGAUAAUGGUUUAAUCGGAGUUGGGAAAUUAUAAUUACAAAGUUGUUGUAUUUAGCAAUAUUUUAUUAUUUUAUUACAAUGAUUUACAAUGAUUACAAUGAUUACAAUGAUUAC